AUGAAUUUUGACCAGAAGGCGGUGAAAUUCCUGGCAACUUUUAACAUCAUUGGAGGUGAACACUGGACCCAUGGCCCCCUGAAGCAGAAGCCACUUGUGACUUCCCAGUAACUUCCCAGGGCGCUGGGCGGGCUUGGGGGCGGGCAGCUGGCGUAGGGUGGCUAUCGGCUGGGGGCAUGCUGGCCUCCAGGGGUGCAAGAGCUCCAGGCGGGCCUCAGGAUGCAAACGGGCCUCCAGGAAGCCCCGCCCACCUGCGCCCACAACCUGAGGGAGCUGUGGCUGGAGCGACGCCCUCCCGUCAUGACCGAUCUGGGCGUCCCGGGCCCCACCAGGUACCAGACGCCAGCUGCUUCGGCGCAAGAGUCCUCCCCACAGCCCCACUUCACCAUCGGCUGCCCCCAUGAUGCUGCCCCCACCGCAGAGGGUGGCGGCUGCGGGGCGUGGCAGACCAUGUGGUUCCCGAGCGAAAGCCCCUUCACCCAGAACGCCGACUUCAACCGAGAGCAGUUUGCCCGGCGGGCCCGGGGUUCAGGGCCCCGGGCCCAGCCCCUCCUGCAGGCCCCUCUGCCGACGGGGGACGAGACCGGCCCUGGCUCCAUCGCCUACGACAUCCUCCCCGGGUGCCGCCUGCCGGGCCCCUGCCCGCCCGCUCUCUCCAUGAGCUGCUGGCCCCUGCUGGCCUCCUGGGUGGACUCCUGUAAGGAGCCUGCACCCGGGGCCCGGCCGCCUAUGACGGACGUGGAGGACUGCUACAACUUGCGCUUCCCCUCGGCACACGGGGUGGUCAUCCAAGGCGUGCGGAGACCCAAGUGCCACGACACUGGCCCCUUCUGCGUGCUCUCGAGCCCAGUGGGACAAGCUGCAGCCGAUAGACUCCCCAGGCUUCACCGUGAGGGCCGGGCCCCUGCCCACAGCAGCAGCCUGGCCACUGGACUCCUCAUCGCCAUGGACCCGCCUUCCUACCCAGGGGUCGGCCCCAAGGCUGCCUCCCUGCAGGGGCCUCACCUGCAGCUUGUGGUGGCUCCUGUGCACCGCAAGAGCUUCUCCCAUGGUGUUAGCGUCAUCCCUUUCCGCAGGGAAGCCAAGUACAAGGGAGUCUGA